AUGGCGCUUCAAGUACGUGUGUGCUCCCCGCGUUGCUGUACCCUUGCUCACGCCUCGAUUCCAGGUCUGAAGGCCGUCUUUGAAAAUAAGGCGGCCCUGCUGUGCGCAGUCAUGGCGUCGUUCGGCGGGCUCACCUUCGGCUAUGACCAGGGUGUCAUCAGUGUCACCCUCGUCAUGGACCACUUCCUGAAGACCGUACCCGAGAUCGACUCUGGUCACUCCGGCGCGAGCUUCAACAAGGGGUUGUUGACUGCAAUUCUCGAACUUGGUGCCAUGCUAGGCGCCAUGCAAACGGGCCUGCUCGCGGAUAGGUUCUCUCGUAAGCGCGCGCUUAUGAUUGGUUCCGUGUGGUUCGUCGUCGGUUCGGUCCUGCAGACUGCGACGUAUUCGUACUCGCAAUUGAUUGUGGGCAGAUUAUUGGGCGGUGUUGGUAUCGGCAUGCUUAGCUCGACUGCCCCUCUGUACAUCUCGGAGAUCUCGCCACCUCACGUCCGCGGUGCGCUCCUUGUAUGGGAGCAAGUUAUGAUCGUCAUCGGUGUCGUCAUCGCCUACUGGCUCACCUUUGGCACCCGCUACAUCGACUCGAGCCUGUCCUGGCGCCUGCCCUUCGGCCUCCAGCUCAUCCCCGGCGUCAUCCUCUUCUUCGGCGCUUGGUUCCUCCCCUACUCCCCUCGCUGGCUCGCCAUGCAGAAGCGCUACGACGAGUGCCUCGCCUCCCUCGCCCGCCUGCGAUCCCUCCCCGAGCACGACCCGCGCGUCCAAGCCGAACACCUCACCAUCCUCGCCGAGGUCGCCGUGAAUAAGGAGGUCGCCGCGCUGCGCCACCCGAGCUUGGAUAGUGAUCAGCCGGGGAGCAGCCCGAGCAUGUGGCAGGCGUUUGUGAAGGAGACGAAGGAGUGGCGGGACGCGUUCAGCAAGCGGUAUAUCAAGCGGACGAUUGUGGGCGCGGGGGUGGCGGGCUUCCAGCAGUUUACGGGUAUCAAUGCGCUCAUUUACUACGCGCCCACCCUCUUCGCCUCGCUCGGCCUCAACGACGACACCUCCAUCCUCAUGUCGGGCAUCAUGAACACCCUCCAACUCGUCGGCUGCCUCCCCACUAUCGCCCUCCUCGACCAAGCCGGCCGCCGCCGUCUCCUCCUCAUCGGCUCCACCCUCCUCGUCCUCUGCCACACCGCCGUCGCCGCCAUCAUCGGGCGCUGCUACCAGGACUGGUCCGCGCACCACGGCGCGGGGUGGGCCGGCGUCGCCCUCGUCUUCACCUUCAUGCUCAGCUACGGCGCGACGUGGGGCCCGGUGAGCUGGGCGCUCCCGCCCGAGGUCUUCCCCUCGUCGAUCCGCGCGAAGGGCGUGGCUAUCAGCGUGGCGACGCUGUGGUUCUGCAACUUCAUUGUCGGGCUCAUCACGCCUCCUCUCAACUCUGCGAAGCCGUAUGCGGCCUUUGCGUUCUACGCGUGCUUUGCGCUCAUCAGUCUCGCGUGGAUCUACUUCUGUGUGCCGGAGACGAAGGGACGCUCACUCGAGGACAUGGACGCCGUCUUCCACGACUCCUCGGCUCACGAUGAGGCCGAGCGCCGCAAGAAGGUCUUGCAGACUCUCCUCGAUGCGCGCUCGAUCAAUCUCAAGCCCGUCGACACGCCUUGAACGACCUCUUCGGUAUCAUGCGCGUGCGGCUCCCUUCGCGCGGCGUGAUCCUUCCCACCUUUACGUUCAAUCUAACGCCCUUCACGAUCUCCGCACGUUCAUCACGCCUUGCUCUGUGCCAUGAUGUUUUCUUCGUUAUCGUGUUCAUCAAGUUCAUCACUGUACAAUAGCUACGCAUAUCUACCUUAUUCCUCGUGUAUAGUAAUCAUAGGGCACAAUAAAUCGGGCAUUCGAGGCUAA